AUAUGCUGUUUGCCUUCACAAGCAAACAGCUACCUGUCUUCACUUAGUGUUCGCUUGGCAGCGUUAUCCAAAUAGCCCGUCUUUUCCUCCCUCUUUUGACGUACCAACAAGAGGGAUAGGAAGAAGAGAAAGCCCUCAAGAAUUUCAAAAUUACAGAAACGAUGACGUCGGCGUUGAUGAAUUAUAUGAAUAG